AUGGAGGAAGGUAAAGGUAUAAAAGGUAUAGAAGGUGCCGAGGGGGUGGCGGGUGACGUCGAGGGUGUCGAGACAUAUCAACGUUUCCCUCGUCAUACCCCCUCGGUGCCGCAAACUAUUUCCUCGCUCCUCUACGUCGAGCUGCGAUGCGCCUGCGGGAGGGAGCGCAGCAGGCGAAAUAUAUGCACGAUUUUACUGUCUCUUCGGGCUCUUUCUUCCGUCCGUUUAUAUAUUUUUAUGCGUUCCAUCGAUCUUAUUUUUACUGGAUGGGAUAGAGAUAGAGAGGGAGGAAGAAAACCCCACCAAUUCAAACCUCAAACAAAACCUCAAGUUUUGAUUUACGGUGAAUCGAAAGAAAGAAAGAAAGAAAAAAAGAAAAAAACAUCGCAAUCUAGGCAACCGCAGCAGAUCAUUGCGACUAUACGUUUUGACAUGCAGGAACAGGAACAGGAACAGGAACAGCAACAGCAACAGCAGCAGCAGCAGCGUAGAAAAAGAAGUUACGAAGAGUUCGCCGUCUCUCAUCUCCUCGAUCCUAUCAUCGAGAGCAGAGACUCAAUUGACCGAGUAAUGACCAACGAAGCAACAGCUGCUGGUUCUGCUGCUGCUGCUGCUGUUACUAUGACUGCCACUGGGCUGCAUGGAGAUGACGCCAUCAUUUCUGCUCGUAGCCGGAGUAUUCUAGCUAGUCGAAAUCAGUGGCUUUGUAAUAUACAUAUAUCGCUGGGCAAGAGUUGUAUAUCCUCGACGUCGUCGACGCUUUCGGGGAAUGGAAUGAAGAGAGGGGGGAGGGGGGCACACGUGGACGUGCGGACACGUGGCGUCGCGUUUAGAGUCGAUCGCUUCAAAUGA